CUUUUCCCUAAGCUUCACGUCACAUCAGUUCCCCUUCAGCGUUCCUUGUACCCAACGACCUUCCUGGACUUUGCCUGUAGUUUGCAAACGGCGCACAUAUCUCCUGUGGCAGACGACUGGUAUCUGGACGCACCACUAGAGGACGUCAGUACCCAGCUUGCCGAAGCGCUACUCUGGCCAGACCGUUCGAACCAUCCGUUCACGACACAUACACUUGUUACCAUCUAUUAGAGACCUCGCGGAGUGUCAGGAAGAGGGUUCAGUAUGAAGGGCACGGAAAGCACAGAGCGACCACGCAAACGUUCUCGUACAAGCGAAGAUGCGGACGAUGCAGCUGUCACCUCAGGCGGCAAGAAGACUCGAGGAAGACCGCGAGUCGACACGCAAGAUGCUACAGCUGCAGAUCGUCGAAGGACACAGAUUCGUCUUGCACAACGGGCAUACCGACAGCGUAAAGAAACGACCAUAUCUGCUCUUCAGCGGCAGAGCACUCAACUGCGCGUCAUCAUCGAGGAAAUGAACAAGACUUUUUUACGCUACAAUGACUCCAUCGUGCAAUCUGGACUAUUGCAACUCAACCCUGGACUUGCCAAAGAUGCUAAGGAGAUGACUGAAACAUUUGCUAGUUUAGUUAAAUCCUCCAACGAACGAACACUAGACAGCGACGAAGAAGAAUUUGCCGGGGAAGACGCAUCGGCACAACAAGCACAAGUCGAUCCCGCAUCGAAUCCAACCACACGAGCUCAGCCAUUGACCACACCUACCGAGGAAGAGCAGUCUUGGAGCCAUUCAGCAGCAUCCGAAAUUACGGAGCAAGCACAACCAAAAGUGGCUGCGACACAGCCUGGAAGCUAUCUCGCACAUAUCUCAAGCUCGUCGUACAGUCUACCGGAGCCGAACAAUCGAUCUGGUCUUGUCCGUCGAUACCGAGACCCCUUGGACGAGGCUUUAGAACAGUCAAGGCCCCUAAGUGCACUCCACCAGUUUCAGGCAGCUAGGGAUCCACCCCGGACACAGCAACAGCAGCAAGAACUACUACCGAAACAGCCACUUCCGUUCGGUCUUGUUGAUAUUCCCAGCCGUGAGCAAUCGCCAUUCUUACCACCGUAUAUCUUUCCCGUCAACGUUCCUGCGAUCGGUGCAGAGCUUCCCCCGCCACCACGCCAGAAACCCUUGUUUCCUUCAGCGACUUCGAUAACAAAAACACUAUCACCAAGUUACACGUACUCGUAUGAAGAGGUUACCUUCGCACGAAGGCUAACGAGAGCCACAUUGGAAUCUGGCUUCCUCUUGCUCAGCACUCCAGAUAUCCAUCCGGCACUCCUAAAUUACAUUUUCAAGCUAUCUCUGCCCUAUCUGUCUCUGGAAGAAACGCGUAACCGCUUCAAGACAAUCUUGGCUCGUGGAGUGGAUGAGGACUUGGACUGGUAUGCGACGCCUUUUCUUCAUCUAGGCGGUGCCGGAACGCACUAUCAACGGCGUGAUGCUGAGGGCAUGCCCAUACCAAUGAAGAAUACUUGGACAAUACGACAGAUGGGCCCAGUAGACCGACGCAUGAUCAGAGUAGAAAGUGUGGCUGAUGGCCGAACACAAGAUCUUGAAGGCAUUGAUCUUCACGGCUUUGAAGGAGAGUGGUUCGAUUCGUACGAUGUGCAAGGCUACAUCGAGGAGCAGUGGCACUGUAGGAUCGACCCCAGAAGUUCCUUCGCAGAGUGUUUGAUCGACAGCGACAGUACCUCGCCUUCGGAAAAUGAGACAGGAAGCCCCAGCCUGAGUCGCGGGUCGACAGCUAGUAAUUCGGAUAAUCCCACGCCGCCGCCGCUGCCGGCUUCGUUCUUCGAGCCUCCAUAUGGUCUUGAUAUGUUCUUCAACCGAGCUCCGACGCCGGACUUGCUCUCAGCAACCCCCAAAAACAGCCUACAAGACCUGUCCUUUGAUCAGACUCUAGGUCUGGAUCUGGCGCCUGCCUUCGACCUGGGUUUCGUGGGGAGCAGUGGAUACAGCACGUUUGGUCUAGACAUGAUGGGUGAGGCUGAACAGCUCCCAGUAGUGAAGCAGAGGCCGAAGAAAGUCGCAUGGGUGGAUGUGCAAAAGCUCAUUGACAAAAUGACCAAACGUGCUGUCUGUCUAGGCCGCGCGCCGGGGUACAGGCGCAAGGACGUCGACACAGCAUUUAGAGAAGCUCUCAUACCCGCAUGCUGAGGCUUUGCAUGCAAUGUUCUCGAAGGGCAAAAGAGCUGCUGUGAGGUGGGAGAAAGUAUGAGCACAUGUUCAACAAGAAGACUUGGAGUUCGGCGUUCAUAGAAAGGGCAGAGCGGACAUGAGUCACUCAUCACGAUAUACAUACGAAAGGACAUAGGUAAACUUAAUGAUUGACGACAACAAGGUCGUUGGAUGCUUUCAUCCAGACACUCGCAACCUCGCGUGGCUUUGUUGCAGGGUCGCCAAGGCGCUAGCUGUAGGGGAGGGAGUGAUCUUCUAGCAGUUGUGCGGCCGAACACCAGUACACCACCCCAGACCUCACGACCACCAUCGUGAAAGCGCUUGCACCCGUCACACAAGACCCGCCGUCUGCAUAUCCCAUAUCCGUAGUCAAUAUACA